AUGGAGCCUAAUACAACAGCCGCAAGUUACUUUAAUAUUUUCUUAACUGGUCAAUUGGAAUCGGCAACAUUUCCAUUGGGACCAGAAGCAUCAGAAAUAUUUUGCCGCUAUGAAAGUGUAGCUGGCCCUGACUGGGAACUGGUUAGUGGCCUCAAAAAGGGUAUAACACAACUUGCUUCAAAUCACAAUGGCAACUUUAACGAUCCCAUUGUAUUCAAUAUGCCAAUAGAACAAACUUACCGCAGUACAAACUCAUUCGGAUGGCCUCAACUACUAAUAUCCGUCUAUGGUAAAACACGCUGGGGCAUAGAAACAUCACUAGGCUACAGUCGUGUUCAUGUGCCAGUAUUUGGAAAUGUUACAAAUCAUUCAUUGAAGUCUCCUAUAUUAAAACCUCGUUGCAGUAACAUGAUGGCCGAUAUGACAACUUGGCUAACAGGCCGUAAUCCCGAAUUGAAAGAUGUAAAAGUGCUAUUGGACAAUUCUAAAAGUAAAGGUUUGUCCAUGGAAUCAUACGGAGAAAUACAAUUAAUGUUGAAUAUUAUAACGAGGGGCACAGCACGCCUUGGCUUGGAAUAUUAGCCUUUAAUAAUAAAUAAGUAAAAAUACAAAUACAC